AUGCCCCACGCCCUCCCCCCGCCCCCGACCUUCUCCAUCGCCCUCGUCAGCCUCUCCCUCUCUCGCGCCUCCUCCCCCGCUGCUGCCCGCCCUCCCCGCGCCUUCAAGCUCUCCCCGUCCCAGCAAGCCUACGUCGACGCCCACAGCCCGCCGUCGGAGCCCAGACCCGAGCAGAACGAGCUCCAGCAGGACGAGCUCCAGCAAGGCAUUGGACCGAGCAAGCGAGUCAGCGUCAGCUCGGCUGGGCGGGAGCUGCUCCAGGGCGUCCUCGAGGCGAGGAAGGCCCGGGCUACAGCGCGCACGUCGUCGGGGAGGAGCUGGAGGGAGGAGGGAGGCUUCGUGGAGUCGCUGGAGGACGUGACGGAGAUGGCGAGGGCAGAGCGGUGGGCGUAG